AUGCCUGCCAAACCCUUGGGUCGUCGUCGCGGCACCAAGCGCCGCGUUUCGGCGAACGAACCCUUUCGCAAUCUCAUGCUCAUGCUGUUGGGUAUUGCCGCGUGCUUGACGAUUGGCAUCAUCCUCGCCGCGACCUUCUUCUUCAAUGGUGAUGCCGAUACGGACACGUCGCUCCGGCACAAGGUACAGGCUCUACCUCAUCUACUCCGGGGUCCCAACGCGGGAAUUGCCGUCCCUUCGAUCGAAUCCCAACGUCGUGACGCCGGACACGACGACCACGGCGUCCUUCACGAUACCGGGGCACACGGCGACAAGAGCGACGCGCUGCUACUCGCAUUGGAACAAAAGAACCAACGUCACGACCCAUUGACGAAAAACGCACCGCACCACGAUCACCAACAACACUUGAAGAGUUACCCUUACGCGCUCGAACCC